UCAGGAGGCAAGGAGGCUGGGACUCGCGCGGUGAGCGGCGCGGACUGAGCCUGCCUCUUGCCUACUGCCCGCCCGGCGGUCGCGAACCGGCUCUGCCAUUUAGCUCAGCCCGGGCUGCAGACCCGUGUGGAGGGAGCCUCCUGGCCCCGCGGUUGUGCUCUCGGGGAGAGGAGGGGUGCGUGGGACAGGAUUGACAAACUCCGCCCUCCACUUGUUAUUUUGCUUAUUUUUCUUUGUGCGCGCCUUUUACUUUGUUAAACCAGAUCUAGUCCUAGAGUCUUUCUCAUCCCUUUCCCUCCCAUCCUUCUACCCCCCUCCUCCCUACUCCAGCUUCUUCUAUUUCCCCUCCUCCCUCCUAUCCUUCUGCAGGAGACUCGCAGCGACGGAAAGUUGCAGCCCCUGGUACUGCCUUGGGGGUCUCCCGGCAGUGUCCAACCGCCGCCACCCCUCUCCGAUUACAGCACUUCGGAGGUCUCUUCACCCGCACCUUCGCUCUCUGCAGCCAGGUCGCCUGUACCCAGAACGCCCCACCCAUGACGAUGCUCCUGGAUGGAGGUCCACAGUUCCCCGGGCUCGGAGUGGGCAGCUUCGGCGCGCCGCGCCACCACGAAAUGCCCAACCGCGAGCCGGCGGGCAUGGGGCUGAGUCCCUUCGGGGACUCGCCCCACGCCGCCGCCGCCGCCGCCGCCGCCGCUGCCUUCAAGCUGAGCCCAGCCGCAGCUCACGAUCUAUCUUCUGGCCAGAGCUCUGCGUUCACGCCGCAGGGUUCGGGUUACGCAAAUGCCCUGGGCCAUCACCACCACCACCACCAUCAUCACCAUCAUCACCAUACCAGCCAGGUGCCCAGCUACGGCGGUGCCGCCUCCGCCGCCUUCAAUUCCACGCGCGACUUUCUGUUCCGCCAGCGUGGCUCCGGGCUCAGCGAGGCAGCCUCAGGUGGCGGGCAGCACGCGCUGUUCGCGGGUUCGGCGAGCAGUCUCCACGCUCCAGCUGGUAUUCCCGAACCCCCAAGUUAUCUACUCUUCCCCGGGCUGCAUGAGCAGAGCGCCGGGCACCCGUCACCUACAGGGCACGUGGACAACAACCAGGUCCACCUGGGUCUUCGCGGGGAGCUGUUUGGACGUGCAGAUCCAUACCGCACGGUGGCCAGCCCGCGCACGGAUCCCUACACGACGGGCGCACAGUUUCCAAACUACAGCCCGAUGAACAUGAACAUGGGCGUGAACGUGGCGGCCCACCACGGACCUGGCGCCUUCUUCCGUUAUAUGCGGCAGCCCAUCAAGCAGGAGCUGUCGUGCAAGUGGAUCGACGAGACUCAGCUAAGCCGACCCAAGAAGAGCUGCGACCGGACCUUCAGCACCAUGCAUGAGUUGGUGACACACGUCACUAUGGAGCAUGUGGGGGGCCCGGAACAGAACAACCACGUCUGCUACUGGGAGGAGUGCCCCCGCGAGGGAAAGUCAUUCAAGGCGAAGUACAAACUGGUCAACCACAUUCGAGUGCACACAGGCGAAAAGCCCUUCCCAUGUCCCUUCCCGGGCUGCGGGAAGAUCUUUGCCCGCUCCGAAAACCUCAAGAUCCACAAGAGGACCCACACAGGUGAGAAACCUUUCAAAUGUGAAUUUGAAGGCUGUGACAGGCGCUUUGCCAACAGCAGCGACCGCAAGAAGCACAUGCACGUGCAUACCUCGGACAAGCCCUAUAUCUGCAAAGUGUGUGACAAGUCCUACACUCACCCGAGCUCUCUGCGCAAGCACAUGAAGUGCACAAAGAAUACGGCUUUGGAGCAAGAAUUUGGAAUAUGCAUUUAAGUUGUCGCGCUUUGCUGGAAACCCCUGAGCAAUUAAAAUAAGCAUGCUCUGUAGUAUUUUCUGCCCUUUUCUUAUGUGUGAUUCCUUCAAGUCAAAGGGACUGCAGACAGUUUGGAAACUUGUUUUGAAAUUGCCACCCAACAGAUCUUUCUCUUUUUUUCCCCUUUGGGUGAAGUUUCCUUCCUGUGCUCAGCCACUCCCUUCUAUCCCCUCGAUGGACUAUGGUACUGACAUCUUUGAGAUCAAAGGAAGUAGAUGGCGCUUGCUGUAUACUUAUUUUUCUAAGCUGUAGUUCAAACUCUGAAAUUUGAGAUUUUUCCUGGGUAAAAGCUCUUGGUACCAAAAGAGUGGAAAGUGAAAUGUUCAUUCAUUUGAAAAAACUUGAGCUACUGGUUAGGUAGUUUGUCUCUAAGAACUACAGAACCCAGAUUUUCUCUUAAAUUGACUUUAAAAUCAAGCUAAAGAUGCACUGCUGAACUGACUCCCCUGGAUACCUGUGGUGUUCUUUGGGUCAUUUGAUAUGGUAAAAGUCUGGUUGACUUUCAUAGGAGUUAAGUGAAUGGAAUUUCUGCUAAACCGGAGAAUGAUAAAUUAGUAGAACUCAAUUUUUUUAUAAUGAUGACCCCAAAGGGCACUGCUUUCCCCACUGAGGUUUGGUUUGUAUGAUUACUAUGGAAAUUUACAGCUUGAAAAACACUUAGUUUUGCAGAAAGCAUUUAAAUGGAGUGUUCACAGCAUUUGAACUAAUAGUAGUUUAGGAACAAAACUUUGAAUAAGAUUAGAGGAAUUCCUCUUUUGAAAGAAAAAAUCUGUUAAAGCUAAAGAAAAUAUCUUGCUUUAAAAAAUUAUCUACCAAAGCAAACAAUUUUGUAUUUUUUAAUGUGGUGCCAGUUCAGUCUGUUUACAAAUUUGAUGAAUAGAGAGAAAUGUGAGCUUUACAAUACUAUAAAAAUAGCCUUCACCAGGUGGCAGGUUUAUAAUGUUUGAUCUCCAAUAGGAUGUAUAUGUUAUCUAAUGUGUUAUUAAAACAACCUAUGUAAAGACCAUUUGUACAUAAAAUGUUAAAAAAUAACAGAUUCCAUAAUGUUUUAUUAUAAACUAGCAUUUAAAACAAAAUAUCCAGUAACAUUUUAUGAAAUUUUUCUAAAAGUAAAUGUAGCCUAUUUGGAGCUAUCUGCAGUUCACUUUUUUUUUU